ACACAUACUAAAAAUAAAACUAUGUAGUAAAAAAGUCGGCGUUUACAUCAUUUAUGUACUUUGAAAAUUCAAAAAUUGUCGUUGAAAAACACAAAGCAUAGGGGGAAGAAACUUCUGUGAAUGAGCUAAUUAAGCAGUAACAAAUUGAUUCCACCACUGACAUUGACUAGAGGGUUUAAAGUUUCUGUGGUGUGAUCUUGGAAGCCGGAAGCGAAAUAUUUUACACUUUUCAUCUUGAUAAUCCUCUCGUAUGAUCAUGGAUUCUUUGAGUAUUUCUUCAGUUCCUGAACAUGUCAGAGAGAACAGUGUAAACAAGAACUUCUUGCUUCCAAGAAAACCUACAAGACAACCAAAUCCAAUCAUAUACAGGAAAUCGCGUCGAGGGUCUGCAGGAAGAAUUCCAGAGAAACAAAUUGAGUACCCUACAAAUAAGGAGUUACUGAGAACAAUAGCGUACUUGAGAACUGCCAUAUAUUAUGAGCAUGAUAAAAUAUUGCCUAACAAUAAAGCCUGUAUUAUUGAGGAGGAAGAUGAAGAAGAGUGGAUCACAGAAAGCGACCAGGAAAAGGGCCAAAAGCAGCUUGAAAAGUCAAUUCAAAAGCCUAACAACAACGACUCUACGUACACACUCACCAAAAACCAGAGAAAGAAACGCAACUACAUUGACAAUGUUAGUUAUCUGAUUAAUUUGCUUGUUCAAUCUAGAAAAAAAUUGUACCUUAGUAUUAAUUAAGGUUGGACAUUUCCAAUACCUAUAAAUCUUGA